AUGGACGGGCUCCGGGCCAAUUCUCUAUUGCCCAGGCGAGGGCGGCUGCGGCGCCGCCGCCAGCCCCAGCCGCACAGCGGUUCGGUCCUGGCCCUGCCCUUGAGGCCUAGGAAGAUCCGAAGGCAGCUGAGGAAGAGUGUUGCGUCCCGCAUGGCCGCGCGGAGGGCCCAGGCGUUGCCGAGUGAUGACGCUCAGGACUCGCGGAUGGAGUCGGCGGUUGAUGCUCCAGGUGAUCCUUUGUCCGGUGGGGCGGCAGCGGCGGCGGCUACUCCAGAGACGGCCCCGCCUGCGGCCCGCACCGGACAGGCCCCCCGCGCUCCGGUGGAGGCGCAGACCCCUCCCGCGCGCCUCACAGAGGCGCAGACCCCACCCGCGCGCCCCGUGCCAGCUCCCGUGCCCGCCCGCGUGGUGGACACUUCGGCCCCGCCGUCCAGUGCCCAGCACGUGGCCGCCCCUGCGACACUGUCGGGUUCUCAAGGGGACAGUGCAGGGGGAGAGCCGUCCCGGGACUCCCCGCUGCAGCGCGUCCUGGCCGAGCUGAACCGCAUCCCCAGCAGCCGGCGGCGGGCCGCGCGCCUCUUCGAGUGGCUCCUCGCUCCCAUGCCCCCGGAGCACUUCUAUCGGCGCCUGUGGGAGCGCGAGGCCGUGCUGGUGCGGCGGCAGGACCACGCCUACUACCAGGGCCUCUUCUCCACCGCCGAGCUGGACUCCAUCCUGCGCCACGAGGACGUGCAGUUCAGCCAGCACCUGGAUGCCGCGCGCUACGUGAACGGGCGGCGCGAGACCCUGAACCCGCCGGGCCGCGCUCUGCCCGCCGCCGCCUGGUCCCUGUACCAGGCCGGCUGCUCGCUGCGCCUCCUCUGCCCGCAAGCCUUCUCCACCACGGUGUGGCAGUUCCUGGCGGUGCUCCAGGAGCAGUUCGGUAGCAUGGCCGGCUCCAACGUUUACCUCACGCCCCCCAACUCGCAGGGGUUUGCCCCCCACUACGACGACAUCGAGGCCUUCGUCCUGCAGCUGGAAGGGAGGAAACACUGGCGCGUCUACCGGCCCCGAGUCACUGCCGAGGAGCUCGCCUUGACCUCCAGUCGCAACUUCACCCAGGAGGACCUGGGUGAGCCGGUGCUGCAGACUGUGCUGGAACCUGGGGAUUUGCUCUAUUUUCCUCGGGGCUUCAUUCACCAAGCCGAAUGCCAGGAUGGGGUGCACUCUCUGCACAUCACCUUGUCCACGUACCAGCGCAAUACCUGGGGCGAUUUCAUAGAGGGCGUGCUACCUCUAGCUUUACAGGCUGCGAUGGAAGAAAAUGUGGAGUUUCGGAGGGGUCUCCCCCGAGACUUCAUGGAUUACAUGGGGGCGCAGCAUUCCGAUUCCAAGGAUCCUCGAAGAACCGCCUUCAUGGAGAAGGUACGGGUCUUGGUAGCCCGCCUGGGGCACUAUGCCCCUGUUGAUGCUGCAGCCGACCAGCGAGCCAAAGACUUCAUCCACGACUCUCUGCCUCCUGUGUUGACUGACAGGGAGAGGGCGCUGAGUGUGCAUGGGCUCCCCAUUCGCUGGGAGUCUGGAGAACCCGUUAACGUUGGCUCCCAGUUGACCACAGAAACGGAAGUCCAUAUGCUUCAAGAUGGGAUAGCGAGACUCGUGGGUGAGGGAGAUCAUUUGCUCCUCUAUUACACAGUGGAAAACUCCCGUGUUUAUCACUUAGAAGAAGCCAAAUACUUGGAAAUACACCCCCAGCAAGCUGAUGCCAUGGAGCUGUUGCUCCGCUCCUACCCAGAGUUUGUGAGGGUAGGAGAUCUGCCCUGUGACACCGUGGAAGAGCAGCUCUCCUUGGCAACCAUGCUAUACGAUAAGGGGCUGCUGAUCACCAAGAUACCUCUCACUCUAAACUAG